AUGGGACAGUCUGUGCCGUUUCCCCCAACACAAGAAUGGCAGAGAGUGCAGACUGCGAACACCAAACUCCAACAGGACCACCCUACCAAGGCGGACCGAAACGGCGAGGCACGGAGCAGGUACCACAAGUUAUAUUCCCACUCUGUAUACCCCAACACAAAUUAUAAUUAUAGCUCGGCGGCGACGAUCAUCUACUUGAACACAUCGCUGUACAACGCCGCAUACAGCAACAAUCUCAUGCAUUGGACCCGUGGGGGGCCGGGCCGGGGACACCGAUCCACGGACAUCCGAGGUCAGCAACCAUCUCAACACCAUGGCGCCUGGAGUAGAUUUUAUAAGCGCAAAGAAGGGCUAAUUUCUCCCUCUUCUACACUGGCCUCUGCGGAUAUCAGCGGCAACGAGCGGGACCAAGCGCAGAUUUACACUACUUGGAAACGAUCCAUUACAAACAACCACUUGCCACUGACAAAUGACACGGGGACGCGCACUAAGGAGGGAGCCUAUCCUCCCAUGGGGUCGAUGAAGCUUAGUAACGCGGACAGGCAGGGGGAAAACUAA